AUGCACUAUUUAGUUCUGUGGAAGGAUAAAACUGUGAGCGUCAUUGCAUCGAAGGACAUAAAAAAGCACUGCAAUAGUAACUUAGUCAUCGCUCGAUGGGGUCAACAACGUAUAGCCGCAAAAAUAAUUGCUAAAAGCAAUGACGUUGAAUUCCUGAAAAAAUUGAUAGUUGAUACGGAUGGGAUUGGGACUGGGAUUGAAGGUGAUGCUGGGUUUGUUGCUGAUGUUGGCCGUGUUGCUAAUGCUGGUCACGUUAGAAGUGUUGCUGGUGCUGAUCACGAUGGCCGUGUUGCUGCUGCUAAUCAAGAUGGCCGUGUUUCUAGUGCUGAUCACAGUCGACGUGUUGCUGGUGCUGACCACGAUGGCCUUGUUGCCGGUGCUGAUUACGAUGGCCGUGUUGCCGGUGUUGAUCACGAUGGCCUUGUUGUUGCUGCUGAUCACGAUGGCCGUGUUGCUGAUACUGGUCACGUUGGAGGUGAUGCUGGUGCUGAUCAAGAUGGCUGUGUUGCUAAUGCUGGUCACGUAGGAGGUGAUGCCGGUGCAGAUCACGUUAGAGGUGAUGCUGGCGCUGAUCGAGCUGCAGGUGUUGCUGAAGUCGGUCACGUUGGUGAUAUUGCUGAUGGUGAUCGUGUUGGCCGUGUUGCUGAUACUGGUCACGUUGGAGGUGAUGCUGGUGCUGAUCACGAUGGCCUUGUUGCUGGUGUUGAUCACGAUGGACUUUUUGUUGCUGCUAAUCAUGAUGGCCAUGUUGCUGGUACUGGUCACCUUGGAGGUUAUGCUGGUGCUGAUCGAGAUGGCUGUGUUGCUGAUGCUGGUCAAGUUAGAGGUGUUGCUGGUUCUAAUCACGUUAGAGGUGAUGCUGGCGCUGAUCGAGCUGCAGGUGUUGCUGAAGUCGGUCACGUUGGUGAUAUUGCUAGUGCUGAUCACAAUGGCCGUGUUGCUAGUGCUGAUCACGGUCGACGUGUUGCUGGUGCUGACCACGAUGGCCUUGUUGCCGGUGCUGAUUACGAUGGCCCUGUUGCUGAUACUGGUCGCGUUGGAGGUGAUGCUGGUGCUGAUCGAGAUGGCUGUGUUGCUGAUGCUGGUCACGUUGGAGGUGUUGCUGGUUCUGAUCACGUUAGAGGUGAGGCUGGCGCUGAUCAAGCUGCAGGUGUUGCUGGAGUCGGUCACGUUGGUGGUAUUGCUGAUGUUGAUCGUGUUGCUUCUGAUCACGAUGGGAAUUUUGCUAGAGUUGGUCGCGGUGGAGAUGUUAACGAUGCUGAUCACGUUGACGGCGUUGCUGAAGCUGGCCACGGUGGCGUGCUUGCUCAUGAUGGUAAUUAUCAUUCUGAUGAUAAUGAUGAUGAAGAUAGUGACGACGAUGACGAUGAAGACGAUGACAGCGAUGAUUAUGAUGAUAAUGAUGGUGAUAAUCGACGGAAUUCCAUGAUAGAGCUUGUCGCCGAGAGUGAAAUUUUUAUCAAGAGAAAAUCUCUCGACUCUAUCCACAAAAAAUCCACAAAUAAGCCAAAGAAAAUGAUAACUUUAUUGUUAUUGGAAUUAGUUGGUCGCAAGAAACUAGAAGGCAUGUCCUUGAAAGGCAAAAAGGGGAAUGUAGCUUUGCCGCACAAUAUCAAUAUACAUUUACACAAGCGUUCCCGAACGAAAAAACAUCGAAGGAUGCAUUUAAUAGGUGUUUAA